AUGAGCUACACCCAAUUGCUUAGCAUUCAAGACCUUGUGCGCGCUCAAAUGGCAACUGGCGGCACCAAAAAGCAAUUCAUUCCCAUCCUGCACGCUCCGGGCUGGCAUGGGCAAGGGAGACCGGUGAAAGUCUACGCCAUGCCGCUUGACGGCACUGAUUACAGGCAGCGAGGCAUCCGAGACUACGCUGGAAUCAAUGGAAGGCAGAAAAUAGUGAUACUCGGAACCGUGCUGGACCCCCAUAUAGCUGUUGGCCCACCUGUGGUCGACAUUUAUGGUGUUGCCGACGCUACAGGCGUUCCAAAGCUUCACUCGGAGCUGAAGAAGAAAGCCUCUCGAGACACACAAGUACACAAUUUGGCAGAAUUUCUCAAUCUCGACAACAUCGCUCCGGGCACUGCGAUCAUUCCCAGGCCUGUCCAUGCUGCGGUUGAGCACGGGAUUACCGUGCUUUGA